UGUCCCACUUUUAAAAAGUCAGUAGACUUAUCCAAGAAACGGUAGAAAGUACGUGAACGUAUGUUUGUGUGCGCGAUGCCAUUCGCUAGUUUACAGGAUACCGGUGGAAAGAAGGAAAUAGGCUGUCUGAAAAUGAGAUUUAUUUUAUUUUACUUCGCCGGGCCCAUUAUCCCCGUAGCAACAGAAACAGUAGCCAAAGAGCUGGCACUCAGAUGUAAUCCAUGAAGAUGUUGAAUGGCUGACUGGCAGAACUGGCCACUUGGUGUGCAGGGAGACCUGUCUCUCCACAGAGCCCGCCUCCUCAGUUGGAAAAGCCCCUGGAACGGGCUGCCCUAGCAGAUCUCCGAAGGAGCACGAAGCAGCAUCAUCAUGCCCUUUUUUCAGGGAUUGCAGGAGAACAAGCUGAUCUGCUAUGACCAGAAGAACCAGAGUUACACCUGUGAGUCUGGCCAAUGCUGCGGAGAGUCUGAAUGCUGCGGCCACUACUAUCAGCUUUGGUGGUUCUGGCUGGUGUGGACCCUCAUCAUCACCCUGAGCUGCUGCUGCAUCUGCCACCACCGCCGGGCCAAACUCCGCCUCCAGCAGCAGCAACGGCAGCAUGAAAUCAACCUCAUCGCCUACAGGGAGGCCCACAACAACUCGUCUCUGCCAUUCUACUUCAGGUUAUUGCCCAGCUACCUUCUCCCAGCCUAUGACGAGGUGGUUAGCCACCCCCCGACACCGCCCCCCCCGUACAGCGUCAGACCUCCCAGCCAGAUGGCCCCCCUCGACCCUUUCGUCCCAGAGCGGACGGACGAGCUCCAGCCACUGAGCAGCCCCAGGCCCCGUGAAUGUGAACCUGCCCCCCCGGACGCCCAGGAGGACGAGGUGUCCGAGCAGCAGCGGGAGGGCAAGGAGCAGACCCCAGGGAGGCACCGGCGCUUCACGGGCGACUCGGGAAUCGAGGUGUGUGUCUGCAGCCACAGGCAGGGCGGCGACCCACUGGAGCCGCUGGACUUCUGUGAGGGCUGCAUUGCGGACAGCCCCGGGAACGAGGAGCCGGGCAUGGAGCCCAGGGCCCUUGGGUAUCUCCUACACACCAUCAAUGAGCAGGAGGGACACAGCCAAGCCAAUAGCCCGGGGCCUCAGAGCUGAGGUGGAUGAAGAAGACUGCAUUGUUUUUAUUUCCUGUGAAUGUGUGUGUGUGUGUGUGUGUGUGUGUGUGUGUGUGUGUGUGUGUGUGUGUGUGCGCGCGCGCGCGCGCGUGUCAAGAGUGAGGUACAUUCUCAGUGUCGGACUCAUAAGCAGGAUCCCGCAAAGCCUUCUCCCCCAACAGGCCUUUCCUUGCACUGCCGACAAAGUGCCUACGCAGAUAGCCAAUGGGAAUGCACGAUCAGCUGGCAGCAGCAGACUGACUGCCGGAGGUGAUGCAGCUGUCAGUUGCCACUAGAGGGCCCCCUGUGGUUCGCGGCCGCAGCCGGGGUGCAGAGGAAUGGCCGCUGCUUGACCUGUUUCUGGCACCGUCCAGGGUCAGGUUAAACAGGCCAUUUGCACUGGUGCUCUGAACAACAUGUCUGGUUCAUUAGGCAGUGGCUUAACACCCAGAUAUGUGUAUUUAUUCAUUAUUAGCAUUCUAAAAGUGAAAUGUAAGGUCAUCUACAGAUGUUGUGGGUUUUCUUUUUAUCACAUUUUGCAGUCUGCUGCUUCAGUUAUAGUUCUUUUAACCAUGAGUGAUAUUAAGCUGUUUCUUGGUUCAAGUGGCUGCUUUUAGCCAAGUGAAUGAAUAGACAGAAAAUAAGCACUCGGUCACGAAGAUUUUUCUACUUUGGGUUCAUAUAGGCAAAACAUCUACUGUUUAAAUUUAUUCGUGCCCUGCCUUUGAACAAGUGGUUUUUCAUGGUCUUCGAUGUGCAGUAAUUUUAGUUUUGAAUGAAGUUCCUAUAUACUUCUGAUUUGCUUUUUGUUUGCUGUUUGACACUAGGUUUUAAGAGAUUGAAAGCAGUUGUAGCGCUCAAUUGGUCACUUGUGUGGUUGUCCUGAUCAUGAGCAGUCGGCUCCAUUGAGGGAAACGGGGAAGAGCCCUCAGUUACAGGUGACACAGUCCCACAGAUGGACCCUUUAAGGUGAUGAUACACACAGCAACAACACAGUUGCCAACCAGGUGAGACAAAGGAAAACUCAUCUGCAUCUGGAUGUUCACAAAAAGUUGCCCAUCGGUGAUCAAAGUUUUUCCAAGUUGAAAAAUGUUGCCUAAAAUCAAUGGGAAAGUGCCCAAGCAACUUUGCUCAAAACGUCGCCCUGUGUAUUAUCGCCCUUACUGGUCUAGUCUGACUCCUUGAUGAGCUUUAACUACUUGGGGUUGCAGCUGUGCUAUUGAAAGCUUAUAGAGAGAUUGUCAUCUGUCUUUUCUUCCAGUAGAUAUUAGUUCAGAAGUGAUUGAUUGUCUUAAAUCGGAAUCUGUCUGAUGAGAUAGUUGUAAAAAUGUUUAUCAACCGUCUGGUUUUGCCUUAAAACUAAGAACUGGUUUAAGUUAUAAGGAAUCUUUCCUUUGUUAUAUAAUAUGUCACAUGGUUCUUGGGCAUAAAACCAAAAUUACUGUAAAUUCAGUUACUGUAAGUUUUGCAUCCCUUUUGUUAAUGUGACCAAAUGUCUCUGCUUACUGUUUUAUAUUGGAAUGUAUUUUUUUAUCUAGAAAGGCUACAGCUGAAUGAAGUGCUAGAGCGAGCCGAAGGUAGCAGCUGCCUUUCCUCCUCGGGCUGUGUGCUGAGCUGUAUUUUACUCUGAUUUCUCGUAACAUUUUGCACAGUGCAAUUUACCAGCGUUAUUUGUAGCAUUUUGUAAGAUAUGAUUAAUGUGGAGAGAAUAAAAAGCCACAUUGUAAUGCCUUUUUUGUUUCUUUUAUUUUCCAUAAGAUAAACACUUAAGUAUUAUAUGUAAAGAACUGUCAGUGAAAGGCAACUGCGGAACUGCUCGUUUACCAGUAAGACGUGUUGGUUUAAGGUACAAUGCGCUUAUUGGCCUGUAGAGGGCAUCAGGAUGCCAACCAAUACGACUUCGUAUGUUUUUCACGUUAAUCCCCUGGGAUACACUCGUAUUGGGCCGGGGUUGUUUUGUUCUUCACCACAGUUACUCCCUUAAAUUUCAAAAUGAUAACGAAAAUAUUUCUCAGAAUGCUGUUCAACGAUAUGUUUCACUGCAGCGGUUUCGUAUAAUUAAGAAUAAUCUCCCGUGAAUUGUACCUUCCUGUGGAAAUUGAUGAAGUUAAAGUCAAAUCACUUCCUCGCUCAGUGUUUGGCGUGCAUUUGAUUCAAGUGGACUCCCCACUUUC